UUCACACUUCACCACCACAAAUAUCCACAGAAAAGACCGCAGCAACCAUGAAUCUAGUCGCCUAUUCCGACUCUGAGGGCUCCGAUAAUGACGCUCCCGCCCCUCCAAGACCCAAGCCCGUCGCGAAAGCCUCCCUCUCAUCGAAACCCGCCUUCCAAAAAGUCGUCGACCGCGCAAACCCAAACAAGAUCAGAUUAAACCUCCCGGCACCCUCCCACCCAACCCAACCCAAGGACGACAUCGAUGCCGAUGCGCCCCCAGCAAAGAAGGCCCGCACCAGCGGUGGAGCGUUCAGCGCAUUCAACAGCAUGUUACCAGCCCCAAAAAAGGCGGCAGCUCCAGCAGGUAGCGCAUCUGAAUCGGCACCGGCCGCCAAACGACUAGGCAAGGGACUUGGCUCUGGUGUCAAUCUGCGGACAGGUGCAGCACCCGGUUUCAGUAGAGAGCCUGUGGAGGUGCCCGACUAUGGCGCAGAAGAGGAGGACGGUAGCACAGCUUCAGCAGCAGCAACAAUCGCACCAGGACUCGCACGAGCAGAACCGAAACCCCAGGAGCCGGAGCUCAAGCUAGUCGGGAAACCCAUGAGGUUCCGGCCGCUGUCCGUAGCCAACAAGAAGAAGAAAAGGGUCCUACCCGCCGGCGUGUCGAGUGCUGCGCUCAAAAAAGCGCCCACGGUAACGCCGACUACGGCUUCACCAGCCACACCAACCACGACGCAGAAACCCGCGCCAAAACCAAAAGUAUCGCUCUUCUCAAUGGCACCGGUAGACACACCAGAGCUAGCAGAGCCCUCAAGCAAAGGCGAAUACACCCCCCUCCUCCACGUCCCUUCACCCGCCGACGAAUCGAAAUUGCCAGAUUCCGCCUUCUCAGAGCCCGCCCCAUCAACGAACACCCCUCAAACCCUUUCAUCCAUAGCAACCGACCUCAACCUCUCGCCCCACGAACUCCGCCAGCUCCUGGGCCGCAACGCGUCCAAGAACAGCGAUCUCUCCGCUCUCAAUAUCACGAAUUUCAAUACAGAUGCCGAAUACGCGCAUAACGAGCAGCUGCGCCAAGCCGGCGAGACGGUGCAGCACCAUGCGCUGAAAUCGAUUGCAGGCACGGGGAAGAACAGUCUCAAGAGUCUGGUGAACACGGCGAGUACGCAGAAGGAUGCGUUGGAGGAGCAUUUUGCGGCGGGGAGGCGAAACAAGAAGGAAGCGGGGGGUAAGUAUGGGUGGUAG